AUGGAUUUACUGUCAAAGGAUAUUGUGUACGUGAGCAUCACACAGCUGAACAAGUCUGAUUCAGGAUGGUACAGGUGCACACUGGACAGAAGUUUACAACCAUGUGAUUUCAAGAUCUUUGUCAAAGAAGACCUGCAGGAUGGGAACACUGGACUUGCCAACGCUGAAACUCUCGUCUAUGAAGGAGUGGAAGGAGGAAACAUCACAGUCGAAUGUAAAUUUUAUUUACUAGGAAGUAAGACAUUGUUCUGCAAAGAUGAAUGUGAAAAAGGAAACGUUCUCAUUGAAACAGCUGAUUACACAGCUCAGAGCGGCAGAUACAGCAUUAAAUAUGAAAGAAAUUAUUUCUCAAAGGAUAUUGUGUACGUGAGCAUCACACAGCUGAACAAGUCUGAUUCAGGAUGGUACAGGUGCAGACUGGACAGAACUUUACAACCAUGUGAUUUUCAGCUUGUCAUCACAGGAGCUUCCACAACAACAACAACAACGACACACUUCAGUUCAGGAAGCUUCACACCUUCAUCAGCCUCUCCUGAAACACCGUCAUCAGGCUCAGAUAAGCUGCUUUACAUGAUUCUGACUCUGGUUCUUAUGAUCAUCAUCUUAUCAGCAACUUUGCUGAUUUGCUACAAGAACAGGAAGGCCAUUAAACCCAAAGGACCUCCUGUGGAAACAGAGUACGCCAACAUUACACGGGCCAAGCAAGAAAUAAGAGAGGGGGCCCCACAGAGGAAGGUGGAAGUAUCUUCAAUUUACACCACUGCAAAAGGCCCCCAACCAGAUGGAGCUGAAAACAUCGACCUCUACAACCUCACCACCUGUUCUCAGAACAAAGCUGAAGACGACAUGAAUAAAGUUAAUUAUGCUGAAGUGGAUUUUUCCCACAUUCCUGCCACCAACAACACGUCCUGUAGUAAAACGGAUGAAGUCGUCUACUCCACACCUCUGGUACAUACCAGGCCUUCCAACCACACCACAGAUGCUUCACCUCCUCUGUACUCUGCAGUUAAGAAACAGUAUUAAUGCUGUUGAUGGCACUUUCCCUCUCACAAAGAUGAACAGGUGAUUAUAAUUCAGACAAAAGUGAAUGUUCUUUUCUGUUUAUUGCAAAUAUUAAUGUGCUUUCAAUCAGUUAAUCUCAGGUUAAAAUGUUUCUUUAUGGUAGUUGAUAGUUUAGUUUAACUUAACAGAAAACUACAAUUCCCAUUAAUAUUUCCAUAGAAACUCUGUAG